AUGUUUAAUUCAUCGAAUGAAAGUUAUUAUAAGUACAUUGUACGUUGUUUAAGUAUAUAUGCACUUAUACUUGUUAUUGUUGGAACAUUAGGCAAUUUAUUCACAAUAGUUAUUUUAUGUCGAAGAAAUUUAAGACGUUAUGUUACAAUGAGAUAUUUAAUUGCUGUUAGUAUAUGUGAUAUUGUAUCAUUAUAUGGAUGGAAUUUAAAUAAUUUUUAUAAAUUUACAAUUAGUUCAAAUUUUACUAAUAUAGAAGAUCUUUCUAUAGUACAUUGUCGAAUUAUCUCAUAUAUGACAUUUGUUGGUUUACAAUUAUCAAGUUGGUGUCUAACAGCUGUUAGUCUUGAUCGUUGUUUAAGUCUAUAUUUUCUUACAUGGAAACAAAAUUAUGGUAAAUUAUCUCGUACAAAAUAUUAUAUAGCCGCAUUGACAAUCAUCUGUUUACUUUUCAAUUCUCAUAUCCUUUUUCUUAAUGGAUAUGUAGUUAAUUCUAAUGUUGACACUGUUAAAUGUUAUGCUAGACGAAACAAUCCUAAUUAUAUAUAUCCACAAUGGGAACGUGCUCAUCUUAUUGCUUAUAAUUUAUGUCCAUUUUUUAUUAUGUGUCUAUGUAAUACAUAUAUUAUUUAUAUAACUAUUCGUUCAGCUCGUAUUCGUACAUCAGUAACAAAACGAAAUCCUCGUCAUCGACAAUUAUCAAUUAUGUUAAUAUUAGUAACAUUUGUUUUUGUUGUAUUAACAUUACCAUCAUGUAUAUAUUAUGUAUUUUUUCGUCAUCAAAUGUCAUCAAUACAACAGACACGUAUGUUACGUUAUAUGAUACAAAUAUGUUUAGGUAGUAUUCAAUUUACAGCACAUGCAAUAAAUUUUUUUCUUUAUUGUUUUUCAACAAAAAAUUUUCGAAAUGAAUUACAUGAUUUUAUAGAAGAAAUAUUUUUAUGUUUAAUUAAACCUAAAACAUUAACAACAACAACAGUAGUGAUAAAUUCAACAUCAAAAAAUACAAAUAAAAAAUAUAGUGGAAGAAAAUAUGGUAUGAAUCAAGAAACAACAUUAGAAAAUCAACAAACUGGACAACAAUAUGCAUUAAAAGAUAUGCAGACAAUAUUCAUUAAUAAUGAAUGA